CUCUCGGCCAGCAAGGUCCUCCGCCUGUCACAGGCUGCCUUGUUGGAGCACUAUAGGUGCAUGGAAAGUGACUGCACCUUCGGGAGCGACAGAGUUGGACUUGAGAGCUAUGUUGGCCCGUGUCAUGGAAGGAAGACCUGCCUUUCUUGCGCCUUCCACCACAGAGACUUCCACCACUGCUGCCACAGUGACAACAGAACUGGCAGGACUGGCUGCUGCAGAGGCAGCUCCUGCGCGGGAACCACUUUCACCUCCGCUGCCAGCGCCUUCAACCCCCCCUACAUGCCAUGAUUGCAAGCAAGUAAGUGCGGCCAGCGAGCAGUCCUUGUUCCCAAACUUUUGCAAGGCUUGCUUUGACAGAAACAUUGCCGAGCGCACUGAGCCGAGAAUGCUGGGAAGUGCAGGAAGCAGUGCACUCUGACGUGCAGGUUUCUGCAAAGAAGCCGCGGGUUGAAGUUGCAGACGGCAAUUCUCCUGGUGUGGAAGUUGAGACACCACCCAAGUGGAGUGCUUGCACUUGGUGGCAAAAGAAGCAAGCGGAGCAAGGCAUUAGCAAGAAGGACGCUUUAGACGCAUGGAGAAACAUGAGCUUUCAAGAAAGAGAAAGAUUCAAAGAGACGCUUCCUUCUCCCAAGCCUUCACCUUCACCACAGGACAGCCCAAUCACCCAGGGCACCUACCGCAGUGACUUCCUUCAAAGAUUUUGAGAGAAAGUGGAGGGAGUUCAAGCAAGGACUCCGUGAAGCUGAGAACUCUCAUGUUUAUCAUCUAGCAAACUACGAGGACUCCUUCUACAUGUAUGCCGAUGUAGUGUCACUUCUGCAGCUCAAUGUGUUUGAUUCUGCGGUCGAUGCUGAGAGGCGCUUGAAAGACUACGCUGUGAACCGGAAGAAAGUGUCAGCUGUUCGCAAGUAUCUAGACCAGCAUGGUGAGAGCCCGCCGGCCGAGGUGCCAGCUGAGUUCUGUGCUGGGAAGACGCACUAAAGGCGCGCUCACGUCCAAGCAAAAGCAGGAUCUCCUUACGCACGCGCAGGUCAUGCAGAAGAGCUGUAGUGUCUUUACAAGCAAGGAUGCCAAGAAAGCGAUGUGGCGGUUUUACCUGGUCAACAUUGGUGUGGUCGACAAAGAAUCUCCAGUGGAUUGGUCUUCAUACACUGAGUAUGCAAAGGACAAGAAUAUGGACAGCGUCUUCAGGUCUUGGCUUGAGUGGGUCAAGCGGACACAGCCAGAAACCGAGCAGGUGUUAAGCAAAAAGGUCGUUGGGAUGAAAGGGGAACAAGCCGCACAGUGCAGUGAGCAGUCCGUCAAGGCCCAUUUUGAUGCGUUUGAGAAGGUGUUCCUCGACGUUGGUGCGCUUCCAAAGCUCGGUGGCGAGCUGCAGAAUGCACACAGAGUGUGGGCUGUGGACGAGAAGGCGAUGGUAGACGACGUUGGUAAGCUGAAAUUUGUUCGCUCCUUGUCCGUGAAGUCAUUGGGUGUUCCCAACUGCGCGGCUGGUUCUUCCAACUUCCGGCACAUCACGGUGAUGCCAUUCAUUUGCCUCGAUGGCCGAGUCUCUCCACCGUACAUCACAGUGAGUGGGCAAGCCGAGAUGCAUGCCUGGGCCCGCGUGUGGCCUUGUGCUUUCGUGAAAGCGACCGAGCGUGGGGCUGUGACCACGGACUUGUUCAUCGAGUAUUACGCACACUUCUGCCAGUGGCUGCGCAGUGAAGGCAACGUUUCAAUGGAUGAAGAAGUCGUGAUCAUCAUGGGUUCGGGUGGAGGGAGCAUGUCGCAUUUUGCGACAGAGAUUGGCGUUUUGUCGGCAAAGUAUCGUUGCCGACCUUUCUAUUUAGCUCCUUACCACACGGCAGCUUUGAUGCCACUUGACCAGGCCCCAAACAGAGAAUUCGAACGUGCGUGGAGUGAAUGCCGGUCAAAACAAAGCAACUUUUCGACGCUGCAGGCGUUGGACGCCUGUCAUGAGUGCUGGGACAAAGCGUAUUCUUCACAGAAUGUGCUCAAGGGCUUUGCUAGUGUUGGGAUGACUCUUGGGAAGCCUUUGUGUCGGGAGAAGGUCCUUCUCGAACGAGGACCACACCUCUUUCGCAAAACGGUGCCCAAGCAGGAGAGGAACUAUGUGAGUGACUGCGCAGACAAAGUUCUUUCACCGCCCAAGGGCUACAAGAGAGCGCCUGAUAGCGUGCGAUGUUCGUGCAACCUGGACAUCAGUUCUGUCCCACAUGCGGUGCAAAGAAUGAAGCUUUCGACCCCAUAGCGCAGGCAGUGGACGCAGGGGCCCGCCAACAGGGUUAUCGGCGAAAAGCGACCGCCUUGGUGGAUUUGCAAGAUGCUUUAGACAAACAUUUGGUCAAGGUUUGGGGCGAUAUGCUCAGCAAGAUGAGAGCCCCAUCCAAAGAUGAAAGUGCGCCCACAACACCAGCUCCUACCCCGCCAACUCCUGCUCCCACAACCCCUGCGCCCCAAGUUGUGCCUGCCACACCGGCGCUACAGACCAAGGGGCCACAGGCUGCUCCAAGCACGGCCCCAGCUGCAACAGCAAAAGCUCCAGAAGCUCAAGGGAAGCAGGCAGAAGCAGAAGAAAACUGUGAGUUUGACCUUGACAACCCAGAAGAUGUUUGCAAUUACAUCUUGGGCCAUUUUAAGGCUAGCUUGCGGGAGGGCGCAAUGCCGGCGGUCAAGUUUUACGUCGGUCAGUUGAAAGCAAAAUGCACCAAGGGGAAGCCAUUGUCAAGUUUGGUGCAACAUGAAAUUGUUUCAUCACGAGUGUUGAUGAAGCCUCACACUAGAGACAUGUGGCUGAAGAGCUGGGUGUCCAACAGAUCUCACCGGUACGUUUCACUUCCAAAGAAACAGGAAAACCAUUUGCAAGGGCGGCGUGGUUUGGGAAGGAGGAAGACCGGGCCUUGAUGGAGACGGGCAUGACCAGCAUCGCCAGCAUCAUGCUUCGCGAC